GGUAACUUAUUUUAGUUUGUUGUUGGGUUGACGGGGAGGCAAACUGGACUAACGACUGAAGUUGUUGUAAAAUGAGUCAAAAUUAGCUGGAAAGCGGCAGAAGGCGAUAUUUUAGAAAUUGCUUUAGGCGACACAGCACUUUUAUUGACACAACCGCAAUGGCCAGUGCUAAUUUGAAUAAAGCAAUCGAUCUCGCCAGAAGAGCUGCAGAGGAGGACUGUGCCAAAAACUAUGAAGAAGCCCUCACAUUAUAUCAGAGUUCGGUGCAGUACUUCCUUCAUGUCAUCAAGUAUGAGACCAAAAGCGAGCGCUCCAACGAGAUGAUCCGCUCCAAGUGUGCAGACUACCUGGGCCGGGCAGAACAGCUGAAGGAGUACCUGAAGAAGAAGGAGAACCUUCCUCCUACCAAACCGGUCAAGGAGUCGGAUGGCAAAGGCAAUGAAAGUGAUGAGGGUGACGAUUCAGAGAAGAAGAAGUUCCAGAAUCAGCUGUCAGGAGCCAUAGUGAUGGAGAAGCCAAACAUUAAGUGGAGCGAUGUCGCCGGGCUUGAAGGAGCAAAAGAGGCGCUGAAGGAGGCAGUCAUCUUGCCCAUCAAGUUCCCUCACCUCUUCACCGGAAAGAGAACUCCUUGGCGUGGGAUUCUGCUCUUUGGCCCUCCAGGAACAGGAAAGUCCUACCUGGCCAAGGCGGUGGCCACAGAAGCCGGCAAUUCCACCUUCUUCUCAAUUUCCUCCUCAGACCUGGUGUCCAAGUGGCUGGGAGAAAGUGAAAAGUUGGUGAAGAACCUCUUCUCUCUGGCCAGAGAGCACAAACCUUCCAUCAUUUUCAUUGAUGAGAUCGACUCGUUGUGUGGAUCCAGGAGCGAGAAUGAGAGUGAAGCGGCACGCAGGAUCAAGACGGAGUUCCUCGUCCAAAUGCAGGGUGUUGGGAAUGACAAUGAGGGGAUUCUGGUCCUGGGGGCAACAAAUAUCCCAUGGACUUUGGACUCUGCCAUCAGGAGAAGGUUUGAAAAGCGCAUAUACAUUCCUCUGCCAGAGCAGCCGGCCCGCUCAUUCAUGUUCAAGCUUCACCUGGGCUCCACGCCCAACCAGCUGACCGAGGCUGACUACACCACGCUGGGCAAAAAGACGGAGGGAUACUCGGGGGCCGACAUCAGCAUCAUUGUCAGGGACGCCCUCAUGCAGCCUGUCAGGAAGGUUCAGUCCACCACGCACUUCAAAAAGGUUCAAGGUUCAUCGUGGAACAAUCCUGACGUCAUCAUGGACGACCUCCUCACUCCAUGCUCACCGGGCGACCCUGGUGCCAUAGCCAUGACGUGGAUGGACGUCCCCGGGGACAAACUUCUAGAACCUGUUGUUUCCAUGAGUGACAUGCUGAUGUCGCUGUCCAACACCAAACCCACUGUCAAUGAUCAGGACCUGGACAAGCUGAAGAAGUUCACAGAUGAUUUUGGUCAGGAAGGCUGAUUGAUGGCUGCUAGCAAAUGCAACAAACCAGAGGUCAAACACACACACAGUGCAAGUUACAUUAAGAUGGGAAGGGUAGGACUUUUUUCCACUGCUAUAAAAGACUGCAAUUAUUGAUCAGAUAGUUAUACGUAUGUUUACAGCGCCUUACCAAGGACCCUUACUAUAAUUAACAAGUGGAUUCUUAGCUUAAGAAAUCACAUUUGGAGUUGUGAGAUACUUAAAAAAGGGCGAUAUGAUAUUUAAUGAAUAUUUGUAUUUAUUGACAUUUCUCUUUAGCUUUACAUUUUUUUCCUUCAUAUUUUUCUUGAGCUAGGUUCUUUCUCAUGUGAUACCAAUCGACCAAGAGAUGCCGGAAAUGUGCCAUAACACUGAAUCUUACACAGCAUACUGUAUUUUCUGUUUGUAGAGUGCUAGAUUUAAAACAAACUGGGCCCAGCCAGCAUAGUCAAAUAUUCUUGCAUCCAAAAGUUGUCUAAUAUAUGUAAUUUAACACUUGGACUUUUGUUGUGUCCUAUGUGAUGUGUUCUGUGAACAGCAGUCUCAAAAAUAAAAUAACACACGUGCAGAAUCAUUCAUCA